CACUUCUUCCUCUCUCUGUCUCUUUCUCUCUCUCUCUCUUUCCGCCAUUAUUCUUCCAUCUCCAUUUCCCUCUGCCGCAAGUGCAAUAUCGGGGAUGGCUUGUGCCGUUGCUUGCACCCUUCUAAUAGGUCUGGCGGUAACCUAUGUCCUCGUCAGAAUCUCGAAGCACAAGAUCAGUAAAGAGCCCCAUCGCCGGCGCCGCCAGCUCAAGCUCCCUCCGGGAUCCAUGGGAUGGCCUUACAUCGGGGAGACCCUGCAACUCUACUCCCAAGACCCCAAUCUCUUCUUCGCUACCAGACAAAAGAGGUACGGUGAGAUCUUCAAGACGCGCCUGUUGGGCUGCCCCUGCGUGAUGCUGGCGAGCCCCGAGGCCGCCAAGUUCGUGCUGGUGACGCAGGCGCACCUCUUCAAGCCGACGUAUCCCAGGAGCAAGGAGCGGUUGAUCGGCCCCUGGGCCCUCUUCUUCCACCAGGGCGACUACCACCUCCGCCUCCGCAAGAUCGUCCAGGCCGCCGUCUCCCCUGACGCCCUCCGCGGCAUCGUCCCAGACGUCGAACGCCUCGUUGUCCCCCUCCUCCGCUCCUGGGACGGCCGCGAAUUCAGCACCUUCCACACCAUGAAGCAGCUCCCGUUCGAUGCGGGCGUCCUUGUGAUUUUCGGAGGUCAAUUGGAAGAUCGGCAUAGAUCGGAGUUGAAGAAGAACUUCUUCAUCGUGGAAAAGGGUUACAAUUCUUUCCCCAAUUCCUUUCCCAGAACCACCUACCACAAGGCGAUCCAGGCAAGAAAACGAUUGGGCGGCAUACUAGCCGAGAUCAUGAACGAGAGGAGGAAACUCGGAUCGCCGGCGAAGUCCAACGAUCUACUGUCGCGUCUCAUGAACUCCGAGGAGCGCCUGAGCGACGACCAGAUCGCCGACAACGUUAUUGGCGUGCUCUUCGCGGCGCAGGACACCACCGCGAGCGUCAUGACGUGGAUCCUAAAGUUCCUCCACGACGACCCGAAACUUCUUCAGGCGGUCAAAGACGAGCAAAUGGCCAUCUGGGAUACGAACGAACAAGGACGGCGACCCCUGACGUGGGCCCAGAUACGAAGCAUGAUCCUUACACACAAAGUCAUAUUAGAGAGUUUAAGGAUGGCGAGCAUCAUCUCUUUCACCUUCAGGGAGGCAGUGGAUGAUGUAGAGUACAAAGGAUACCUGAUACCAAAGGGAUGGAAAGUGAUGCCUUUGUUCAGAAAUAUUCACCACAAUUCAGAGUUCUUUCGAGAGCCUCAAAUCUUCAACCCUUCUAGAUUCGAGGUUGCUCCAAAGCCCAACACCUUCUUUCCAUUUGGGACUGGAAUCCAUGCUUGCCCUGGCAACGAGCUAGCCAAGCUAGAGAUACUUGUUUUGAUCCAUCAUCUGGUCACCAACUACAGGUGGGAGAUCAUGGGGCAGCAAGGUGGUGAGGUGGAGUGCUGCCCUUUCCCUGUCCCAAAGCAGGGCCUGGUGGUCAAGCUGUGGAGAGUGUCCGAUAGCAGCAGAGCAGAACAAUCUUCAUGAAGCUACCUGGACAAUUUUCUAAGUUUCGUUGUAGUUUACAUCACAUUCAAAGAAUACCAGUUGGAGUACUUCUUACAAGGAAAUUAAGUGUAUAUGAAGGUUCAAGCAGCAAUAACCUUGGCUCUGGCUAUUUCUUGUAAUAUGCAAAGUUCAAGUUAGAAAAAGUUUCUUCAAACACUUUCCAGACUUUACAGCAUUUUGUCAGGAUAAGGUAUCGAAAGAUUCUGAACAAAUCUAGUGUGGGAUAAGUUCAGCUCUCUGGUCAAUUCAUGAGAGCAUUUUGUCAAUAUCGACGGAUGAACAAAGUCUUGAAGCAGAUGAGAUGAGCUGAAAAUGGGAGACUUGGGGCUUAAAUGUACGACUCUUUUAUGU